CUGGCCUCUCUUCGGCGCAGGUUGCCAUGCCCCUGCACGAGUCGCGCUCCCGACCGCAUGCUCCCACUCGUCUCAUUCGAUGCGACUUUUCGCCAGCACCUCGCCCGCGCAGAUGAUCGCGCGUACAAACGCGCAUAUAUAGCUCCGGGACCGGCGGCAUGUAGGUAGCCCCAAGUCGACGCCACGAUGUUCGUCCUCCCCUUCCUGCUGCUCUCGUUCUCCUGGCUGGCGAGCGCCCUGACGUACAAGGCUGCUGACAUUUCCUCGCUCGCGAUCGUGGAGAAGGCGGGCAUCAAGUACACGGACGGCGGCAAGGUCACGCCCUUCGAGACCAUCAUCCACAACCAUGGCGCGAACACGGUCCGCAUCCGCGUGUGGACGGCGGGCGACUACAACCUGCAGUAUGGGCUGGCGCUUGCAAAGCGCGUGAAGGCGGCCGGCCUGACGCUGGUCGUCGACCUGCACUACAGCGAUACCUGGGCUGACCCUGGUCACCAAUCUAUUCCCUCUGGGUGGCCCACGGACUUGGACGGACUGAACACUCAAAUUUGGCAAUACACGAAGGAUGUCGUAACGAGCUUCUCCAGCCAGGGUACUCCGAUCGACAUCUUGCAGGUCGGCAACGAAAUCAACGGCGGCUUCCUCUGGCCCGUCGGACAAAUCUCAUCCAAAGGCAUCAACCCCGUCUCGCAGUUGCUCCACUCCGCCAUAAACGGCGCCAAAGCCGCCGGCAACCCGAAGAUCCUCAUCCACCUCGCGAACGGCUGGGACUGGUCCGGGCUGAACUCGUUCUUCGGCAAGGUCUUCAUCCAGGGCGCGCUCUCCGCGGACCAGGUCGACAUCAUCGGCGUGUCCUUCUACCCGUUCUACGACUCCGGCGCGACACUCGCGGCGCUCAAGUCGUCGCUUACGAACCUCGCGAACACGUUCAAGAAGCCGAUCGUCGUCGCGGAGACGGACUGGCCGGUGACCUGCACGGGCGCGAAGCUGACGGAGCCGAGCAUCGCCGUGUCGACGAGCGGGCAGCAGACCUGGGUCGGCGACAUCAAAAACGUCCUGACGGCUCUCCCCAACGGGCUCGGCCAGGGUAUAUUUUACUGGGAACCCGGUUGGAUCGGCAACGCUGCCCUCGGAUCGGGCUGUGCGGACAACCUCCUUGUUUCUUCCACCGGGGCCACUCGGGACUCGAUCAACAUUUUCACCAACGAUAUGUGAGGAUCGCUGUGCGAUGUUGUCGAGCACUUGCAGUUGUUUUGGCACCAUUUUGUGUAUAACAAACCAGCAUCACUUUAAGAAAUAUCCGU